AAGGAAGUAAAUUAUUUGGAGGAUUGGUGACAGUAACGGCACUGUAUCCAUGAAGAAUAAUAUCUCUUUGUACCGAUAAACACUAGCCACAUCUCUGCGCCCAUUAACAUCGUGGCGGGCUCAGGACUGUUUGCAAUACUGUAUACACCAAAGUGGUGAGAGACCGCGAAGUGUAGGCUGCUGUCUGUGUUGCUGCUCCGGGGACGGGGUGGUGCGGGUUAAGGUGGGCCUCGCCCGGAUAUCUGUUUGACUAGCUAAAACCCCAUUUCUACCGUAUCAAGAAACGGAGAGCGAGGAAAUAACGUACGAUUGUGUGUUUUCACUGUGUACACCAGUCUUCGGAAGCACAUUCGAACAAGACUUAAAGGACUGCCGCGCACUUCCUGAGCCUAAAUGGACAACCUUUGCGAAGCCCUGAAGAAGCUGAAGGUGGCCUCGGCGGACAGCAGCUCUGACAGUGUGGAGGGUGGUCUGGACUGCGUACUCAAAGCCUUGGCCCACAACAAUGCAGAGGCCAGUGAAAAGAUCCAGGAAAUGGGAGUUCUCCCACUGCUCCCCACUCUGUUGGCCCCACAGUCUUCCUGCACUCCCAAAGUAGCCAACGUCAUAGCUGAGGUUGCCAAAAACGAGUUCAUGAGGAGCCCCUGUGUGGAGGCCGGGCUCAUCCCGCCCCUGGUGCAGCUGCUCAACAGCAAGGACCAGGAGGUUCUGCUCCAGACGGGUCGCGCCCUGGGGAACAUCUGCUACGACAGCCAUGAGGGCAGGAGGGCAGUUGACGAGGCGGGAGGUGCGCAGAUAGUAGCUGAGCACAUAAAGUCAAUGUCCCAAAAUGCUCAACCGGCCAAUGGGAAGCUCUUGACUGUCUUUUGUGGCAUGCUGAUGAACUAUAGCAAUGAUGAUGACUCUUUGCAAGCGCAGCUGAUCAACAUGGGCGUGAUUCCCACGCUGGUGAAGCUGCUUGGCAUCCACUCCCAGAACACCGCCCUCACCGAGAUGUGCCUGAUUGCCUUCGGGAACCUGGCAGAGCUGGAGUCCAGCAAGGAGCAGUUUGCCUCCACAAAUAUCGCAGAGGAGCUGGUCAAGCUGUUCCGCAAGCAGGUGGAGAGGGAGAAGAAGGAGAUGAUCUUCGAGGUGCUGGCGCCCCUGGCUGAGAACGACGUGAUUAAGCUGCAGCUGGUGGAGGCCGGGCUGGUGGAGUGCCUCCUGGACGUGGUGGCUCAGACGGUGGACGGGGAGAGGGAGGAGGACAUUUCUGAGCUGAAGACCUCCUCCGACCUCAUGGUGCUGCUGCUGCUCGGAGAUGAGUCCAUGCAGAAGCUGUUUGAAGGGGGCAAGGGCAGUGUGUUCCAGAGGGUGCUCUCCUGGGUCCCGUCCCACAACCAUCAGCUGCAGCUAGCAGGAGCGCUGGCUAUCGCUAACUUCGCUCGCAACGAUGGGAACUGCAUCCACAUGGUGGACACGGGCAUCGUGCAGAAGCUGCUGGACCUGCUGGACAGACACGUGGACGAGGGCAACGUCACCGUGCAGCACGCUGCUCUCAGCGCCCUGAGGAACCUGGCCAUCCCCGUGGUGAACAAGUCCAAGAUGCUGUCCGCCGGGGUGUCGGACGUGGUGCUGAAGUUCCUCAAGUCGGAGAUGCCGCCCGUGCAGUUCAAACUGCUGGGCACGCUACGGAUGCUGAUCGACACGCAAGCGGACGCUGCUGAUCAGCUGGGGACCAAUCCGAAGCUCGUGGAGAGGCUGGUGGAGUGGUGUGAGGCCAAAGACCACGCUGGGGUGAUGGGGGAGUCCAACAGACUGCUGUCCGCACUCAUCCGGCACAGCAAAUCAAAGGAUGUCGUCAGGACGGUCAUCCAGUGCGUCGGGGUGAAGCACUUGGUAACCAUGGCGACCAGCGAGCACAUGAUCAUGCAGAACGAAGCCCUGGUGGCUCUGGGGCUGAUCGCCGCGCUGAAUCUGGGCAUGGCGGAGAAGGACUUUGUGACUGCCAGCCUGGUGCAGGUCCUUCACAAGCUGCUGUCGGACGAGAGAAGCGCCCCCGAGAUCAAAUACAACUCCAUGAUCCUCAUCUGCGCUGUCAUGGGCUCAGAGCCUCUCCACAAGGAAGUCCAGGGCCUGGCAUUCCUGGACGUGGUGUCCAAGCUACGCUCGCACGAGAACAAAACGGUGGCCCACCAGGCGUCGCUGACAGAGCAGAGGUUAACAGUGCAAAGCUAAAGGACUGGCGGACACCACUCCCCACCCCCCUGCUCCCCUCCACCUCACUAUGUGUGUCCCAUUAUCACACCCCCCGCCCCCCGCCCCUCUCAGAGGCCCCUGCUGUGCCCAGCCCACUGCUCUGCUAACCCCCCCCCCUUUGUACUUCUCACGCAUGCAUACGCGGCCCCCCCCCCUUCCAGGCACCGUCACGCCAAAACCUCUGCAAUACGCAACAAGAACACAACCACUUUUUCAAAGACCAUAGCUGUGAUACGAGUCUAAUAAUCGAGAAAAAAAAAAAAAAAAAAAAUCAUGUAAAAAGCAGCCACAUAUCCAUGAAGUGUCUGACGUGUCCCUUUGUAGCUUGAAUUCCAGCGUAGUUGAGAUGUGCAUGUUCUAGUCCAGUUGAUGGUGUAACGGUGUUUGGCCCUCACCUCCCCCCCGUCCUGACCCAGGCUGUCCGUGUAGAGGUAUAGCGUGUUGUAUCUGGGACUAAAAGGCCAGGGGGGAGGUCUGUACAGAAAACUGGGAGAAUACUGUCCGGGGGCAAUGCGCCCCAGCACCAAAACUCCCACUCCUGCUCCCAGCCUAUAGCAGAGAUACAGAGUGCCAAUAACCCCUUCUCAUUGGUCUCAAGCAGUUAAAAAAAUAAAAGACAAAAAAAAAAAAAAAACAUAAAAUCCUCAAUAAAAUCAAAAAAAAAAAAAAAAAUGAUCAUGGUUCAUAAGAUGAUGUAAUAAAGACUGACUUGGUGCGGUGUGCAGUGUGGAGCUGUAUCUUGUGUGCUGUGCCAGGGGUGGUCUGUGUAGCUCAGGAAGGGCUUUGGGCGAGCGGAUCUCAGAGGCGGAGCUCUGCUCAGCAUGAGUGACAGGUGAGUGGCAGGCGGGAGGUGUUUCUGGCUGGCUGAAGGGCUACAGCAAAACUGGCCAGAACUCGGUAAGACCCAGGAAAUGGUCCGGUAAAUGCCUGUCUUUGAUACAUCACCGCCACAUAGACAUGUGAUUAGGUUAGAAAAGGUAAUACAAUAAAUAGAACCUCCUUAGCAGGAUGGCACCUACAGUGUGGUUGUAGGUGUAGUCCUGAGAGGAACGUGAGGAUGUACAUAUUUGCCAGUGGUACAGUGCUGUUUUUACCCUGCCAAGACUGGCAGUUUACAGAUUUCCUGUUUUCCCUGAUCUGCGCGAAUCACUAAAAGCUGCCAUGCCAUCUGGUUGGCUAUGUUUGAGUCCAUAACCAUUAUUUGUCAGUUUAUUUAAUGUAAUUUAUUAAGAUUUGUACACUGAGAAACAAAUCUAUUGGAAAUGACCACCAUAACUGCAUAUUUAAACUUUGUCUGUUGUAAAUGUCUGCUGCUGUCUUGUACAUUCAAGGAUUGAAACUCAGAAAAUUAAAAACUAUUGCUGGAUAUGA